UUUCCCUCUCUGCCUCCUCACAACUACACGGACAGUCACCAGCAACUGUUCGAGUGGAAGAUCUGACUCAACCCCCAGGACUCACAGUGAGUACUUCUGCUCGCUACUUGUUUUGUGUCCGCCAUUGGCUUUGCCGUGUCGCACAAAGAUCCGUUCUGCGUGUGCAAAUCGUCUCUGUAAACCUUCCUGUCCUGCGACACAAUGUCGUCCGGACCAGCUGCGUGCUCCUUUGAAUCGACCGCGGACCCUUCUUCGAGUAAGGCACGGUGCUUGUCGCCAAGUCCCCUCUCGAUCGGGGCGCGAGUCAAGUCUGAAAUGAGGACCCCUCGACUCGGCGCCUACCAGGCAUUCCCGGGUCGUUCUCAGGGCGAGCUCCCACCGACGGCGGACGCACACAGUGUAAUGGCUCCGAACAAGACACUGACACCGUCAUCGCCUUUCAGACACCACCGGCCGCCUACGUUGCUGCCACCAACCCCACGUCCUAAUACCGCCGCCGCCUUGUAUCCCCAUCAGUUUGUACAAUCCACGCACCAUCCGCAUCACGAUGUACUCGCUCUUCUAAACGCGUCGUUACUUCACGACCCAUCGGAAACAGCUGGCCAACAUGGUUCUCCGCAUCUGCAACUACCGCCUCCGCGCGAUCACCCCUCUUCUCAACAUGUCUCAAUAAACUCUUCUCCGUGGACUUCGUCCCAUCCGGUUUUUACCAGCACCUCAGCUCUCGCUGCUCACCAUGGAAUCCCUCAAUCCCUUCCCCCGGUUCCUCGCACUACUCGCUAUCUAUCGGAAAAGCAACAACCAAUACCUUCCAGUUCGACUAAUACGGACUUGAACUUUGAUCAUCUCGUCUCUAACUACUUGAAUAUGCUAUCGCAAAAGCCACUGGAACAGUCCGCGGCGCCGUCUGCCCCCACAAUGAGCGACGACAACGCUGCGGCAUUGCAAGCGGUUCUUGAGGUCAUCCAAGCCUCCCCAGAAUUCCAGCAGAUGCAGGACUUUGGCGCGUUGACUGGCGAUAUGCCAGGCGACUACGAUAGUUUCCUUACUUCGCCUAUGGAAGAAUCGCCUUACGAGGACAUGCUCCCGACACCUGCUCUCGGCAACGGCGAUUUCGAUUACCUCACCUCGCCGGCAAUAGUCGAUGCUGACGACUUCGGUGCGUUUGCUCCGGAUGUAUCCCUUUUCGGCGACUCCGCGCGCUUCGCAAUGUCUGCUGCUGAGCCGAAGGCUGCUCUGCCUGUUCCUGCCGUUCAACAUUCGGUCGACUUCGAUGUCGACGGCGGCCUGUACACGAUGUCUCCGGAGACUCCUGCUCUCGACCCGACCUCGCUCCAGACUUCGCCGCUCGCUACGCCUAUCACACCUUCUCUUGAUACCCCGGUAUCUGCACCCCGUCGUAAGAACGCACCGACCGGGACGCGCAAGAACAUCACCCCCGAGGCACUCGUGCCUGUCGAUGCGCCGAUCCAAACGCGCAACUACGCGACGCCGUCUGCGACUUCGCGCAAGGCGGUGCCGGCUGGAUUCGCGAAGAAGCGCGCUCUGUCCCAGGCGUUCGACGAGGAGGACGGCGAGUCUUUACUCGAUCCGAAUGACCUCGACGCCAUCGAGGCCAAGCGGCGGCAAAACACGUUGGCCGCGCGUCGCAGUCGAAGGCGCAAGCUUGAGUAUCAGCGUGAGCUCGAGACGAGUCUAGAUCAGCUGACGGAUGAGAAGGACCAGUGGAAGCGUAGAGCGGAGGCGUUGGAGGCAGUGUUGCGCAGCCAUGGGCUCGAGGUACCGUCUGUCCUCAGCUUCUAAGGUCGUUGACUUCUCUUCCGUCGUUGGCUUGGGACGCUUUUCGUGAUACUCAUGUUCUCAUUUUCCUUGUCUCUGUUGAAGCCGUCGCUCAGUAUCUGACGGCCUUCGGUACUCUGCUCGUCUGUCUGAACCACCACUCCCCACCCACUUGCAUUCGGAGUAUCGUCGUAUCCCCCAUCCCCAGCAGCACAUCAGGUGUCUUGCUCUUUCGUCUGUUCUUUGCAUGUUGUUUCUCACAUCGUCGACUAGUAAUGCUCUGUUGCUGUAAUGUCGCCCCUUCCCUUUAUGACCUUUUCGCAUGCAUGUAUAUGUCUACGCCAACAUUGCACAGGUUUUGUGUCGCGUAAUGAUAAAAGUGAUUUUCCUGUG